CGUAAGGGGGAAAGCAGAGAAAGAGAGGGUUUGGGGGAGGCGAUUCCGGCGAUGGCGGAGCACGCGGAGGAGACCUUGAUCGAGCAGGUAACGGAGAAGAUACGUGACGGCGUUGACUCCUCGUCGUCCUCGGACUCUGACGACGAGAAGUCGAAGGCGUCGGUGGUGACGGAGGCCGUCAAGUCUAAGAUCAACCGCCUCUUCGGCCGGGAGAAGCCCGUCCACCAGAUCUUGGGCGGCGGAAAGCCUGCUGAUGUUUUCCUGUGGAAGAACAAGAAAGCCUCUGCUGCUGUGCUUGGUGGGGCCACGGCUAUCUGGAUCUUUUUUGAGUUGAUGGAAUACCAUUUACUUACUUUGUUCUGCCACUGCCUUAUAUUGUCUCUUGCUAUCAUUUUCCUCUGGUCAAAUGCUACUUUCUUGAUCAACAAUAGGUCUCCACCUCACAUUCCUGUGGUGAGCAUUCCUGAAAAUCUGGUGGUGGACAUUGCACUUUCUCUCAGAUAUGAGAUCAAUAGGGGUUUUGCUGUUUUAAGGGAAAUUGCAACAGGACGUGAUCUGAAGAAGUUCCUCAUUGUGAUUGCUGGGCUGUGGGUUCUUUCAACCGUCGGGAGGUGCUGCAAUUUCUUGACUUUGUUUUAUAUAGUCUUUGUCACGCUGCACACUCUGCCUUUCUUAUAUGAUAAGUAUGAAGACAAAGUUGAUGCGUUUGCCGAGAAAGCAUCAGUGGAGUUCAAGAAGCACUAUGCAGUUUUUCAGGCCAAGUAUUUGAGCAAGAUACCUAGGGGACCAUUGAAAGACAAAAAGUUCCUAUAGGCAAAAAGGGUGAAUGACCAAUCCUCUGGAGAUUCGGGGUUCAGGUUCAGGGAAGACAAUGAGUUUGAUUUAGGAUUUGGCUAUAAAUUUGAUCUUUUUAUGUCAUAAUGAGUGGCUAGGGAGGGUGUUAAGAUUGCAUGCAUCAGUUAUAUGAAUGAUGAUAAUCUGUGUCACAGAAAUUAAAUUUCUUCCCUGUAGCAGUUCGUGGGGACAAAAUACACACCUGUCAACCAACACAUCUGGUCUAAUUUUAUGUCAUCAUUAUUAGUUGAGCUAGA